AUGUCAAAGCCAGACUUAUAUGAUCAAUAUAUGAUAACUUCACUUCCUCGUACUCCUGAUUUACAGUUGUCUGAAAAAGUUGUUGUUCCAAGAAUCUCUUCAAUAGAUAGUUCAAUUAUAGAUUUAGGGAUAUCAAAAUCCAUUAUUUCAAGUCAUAUUACAAGACCAACACCUAAAUUAAUAUGGUCAUAUGCAUUAAAUCCAACUACUUUAGUUGAUUGUAUGGAUGUCAUUGUCAAAGAUGAUACUAAAUAUUACAUUUGUGGAUUGACUGAUCGUAAAAAAUCAAAAUUAUUAUUACUUGAAACCAAACGUACUGUUACUGAAGAUGGAAAUGCCAAUUAUGCAACUUCAAAUGAAGUGGAAUUAAAAUUAAAUAACAAAGUGGUUGGUGUUAAGUUUAUGGGAACUCAAGAUUUGAUCACUAUCUUGUAUGAAAAUGGAUCCGUUGAACAAGUAAAAUUUUCAGGUAGUGAAUUGAAUCUUGGAGAUAACAAAUUAACCACUUCUAAAAGUAAAGAAAAAGUAGUGUUCAAUGCUUUUGUCAAUGAUUUGGAAGAAGAAUUAUUACUUGCUGUUUCCGAAAAUUCCAAAAAUACUAUCUUCAGAUUAGUGUCUAUUAAUCCAGUCAAAUCUAUUAUUCAAGUUAGUUCCUCAUCUGUUCCUUUAGUGGAAAAAGCUCAAUACUGUUAUGUUUCCGGAACCUUAUAUCAAUAUUCUAAUAUGAAAAUUGCUUCCCUUCCGAUUUCCAAUUUCAAUAUCGCCAAAACCAUUUCUGUUUCAUCAAUCAUUGACAAUGAAGAACAAAUUGUUUCCCUUGUUGCCCCAGCUCAAGACCGUAUUUUAUUGGGUAACGCAAGUAAACUUUAUUUGGUGAAUUUCCAGUUUGCGUCUUUAUUAUCUACUUUCAAAUCAUCAUCUAGUUCAACCCAUCCAGUUCCAGAUAUUGUUUACAUAAAUCAAGUGAUUCAAGUUAAGGGUAACUCUACCAACACAUGCGUUUCCCUGGCUGUGUAUCUUAAUGUUAAAAACAAAGACAAUAAUGUAUAUUUGAAUGUCAUUGAUAUCAACGUUGGAUUAAAUAAAUUAAGUGAAUGUUUGGGUAAAGGUUUGGAUAAGGAAACCAAUGAUUUCCAUGUAAUUCCAGACUUAUUCAAUGAAGAUUCGACUAAUAAUGUGAAUGAUGAUGAAGUUAAGGAAGUUUUUGAAUUAUUAAGAGAAGCCAAGGAAGCAAAAGAUUUAAAUAAAUGGGAAUCUAUUCUUAUUCCAUAUUUGAAGAAUAGAAAAAGUUGGGCCAGUAUUAAAAACUCAAUUUCUAAGAAAACCAAAAAAGCCGAUAAAGUAUAUGAAUUUAAAGAAUUUGAAGAUAAUAGUGAUAGAGUCGUUGAUAUUAAAUUUAUUGAUUCGGUAUUGGAUUUGAUUUUCACAGGUAAUCCACCAGAAUUUGUUGAUGAUGGAUUUGUUCCUGAAUAUACUUUAAUGUAUCUUUUAACUAAUCCAUUAUUCCCACUUAAAUUCACUCCUGGAUUAGUGCAAUUGUUUAAUGAUACAGGAAAUACCACUUUAUUAAGACAAGCAAUUAACACAUGUCCAGGAAUCCCAUGUCGAGAUUUGGUAUUACAAUUGGUAUUCGAAGAAGAUAAUGAAACUAUGAGUGAUUUGGUAAACAGAAUAGUUGGUGAAUUUUCGCGUUACGAAAUCGCUGACACUAUCAAAGAUGUAUUACAAAAUGAAGGUGAACAAGUGGAUAUAAUUGAAUUGAUUAGUAAGAUGCUUAAAUUACCAGGAUUGAACAAUUGGUAUAUCAUUGAAAUUUUGAUUGAUGUAAAUGGAUUGUUCAAUUGGGAUAUGGUAGAUGUUAAUGCCUUAAACGAAAUUGUUACUCAAAAGAUUGAAGCUUUGACUAUUAACAGUUAUAACUUAACUUUAUCUAAUCAAGUUUUGUUACAUAGUGAGAAGAAGACAUCCAAAAAGGUAAAAGAACCUACACAAUUAGAUAAUCUUUUGACAUUGGCUAAUAAAGACGGUGGUAAGAAAGCUUCAGACGAAACUGAUUUACAACAAAAGGUUCCAGUAUACUCUGUUGAGAAAUUAGAAUUAUAA